AUUGACGCGUACGGUUAGCAAGUGGCAAGUAAACACGCGCGCGCUCGAUUCCGUUUGUGCCGCAUGCGAAGUCGAAUUCAAAGCCUAAAAGCAGCAAAAGCGGAAGUACGACGGUGUAGAAGUAGUAGAAAUUACGCACGCAGGCCGUGAAUGUGUUUGUGAAGAUGGUUGAAGGAGUAUGAAAUAAGAAAAAAAUAUGCUUAACGAAUAUUAAUGUAAAAAGUGUUGCAUACUAUGUUGAGGAGGCCGAGUGAGGUGUUGAGAGCAUGGGGAGGAGAAAAACGCGAAUAGAAGGGCAUAUUGGUUAUGUACUAAGUGGUAAAUGUAGUAAGACAUUAAAAAAUGCAAAAUUUAUGUGCAGAAUGUCGCGAAAAAAUAUGUGUGAAGCAAAAAACUAUGUAUGUAUGUACAUAACCUACAUAUAGGCGCUCGCAUACAAUUUCGAAAUUUUUUAAUACACACACUUGUAUAUUAGAAAAUAAAUAUACAAUAUAAAUACAGGAGAAAAGCAUUUUAAGUUUCAUUUGCAGCGAAAAAAAAAUUGUAUACUACACACAUGAAAAAAUCGAUGCAGUGCCGCAAAGUAUGCAACUAAGUGGCGUACAAGUAGAAAUAACAACAAAAUAUGUUCCCGUAAUGAUUGAUGGUACUCGGCAGCCCAGCUUGCUGCUGCAUUGACCACUCUGUGCAUGCGAAUUAUUUUCAAGACUUUAAAAUAAUAACCAUGGCCUCUCAACAGCGCCAUCAACAUCAACGACUGCUGCAGCGACUGAUAGUACAUUUUGAAGUAAAAUUAAUUUUUUAUAGAUAAAAUUUUGUGCAACGAAUAUUCGUAAAGAAAUCCAAAGCUCCCAAAACUGAUCGGAAAUUUUAGAUCAAAAAAGACGCAAACAUUUUUCACACAAAGCACUCGCCAUCCUUUGGAGUAGCAAGCGCUUGUCAAAAUGUGCUCCACAACACAAUUUUGUUUACUCAAUCUACGCACAUAUUUAAUCUACUUGUGUUGCUAUCUACUUAUAAUGGUGGCCGCAGGUAGUCGUGUAGUUAACGGUUUAAAGUGUUAUUGUAAUCCCAAAGAGUGUGAUGUCAUACGUUCGCUGGAUUGCCCCGGGAAGGGAAUGAUGCUGUGGGAUCCCUGCAAAUGUUGUCGCAUUUGCGCAAAGACACUUGGGGAAACUUGUGGUGGUCCUGGCGGCUUCUCAGGUCAAUGUGAGCCACCGUUACAGUGUGUCACAAAAUUGCCCAUAACUAGUGGAUUGGGUGUUUGCAUGGAUCUACCCUCAACAUCAUUCUCCCUACAUGCCGCAUAUCACAGCCGAAAAUACAAUACGAAUUGUACAAACGAUGAGACAAUAGUGAUAGAGCCUGGUUGCGAAAUCACCAAUAAACGCUGCCAAUGCUGGCCAACAUUACGACUGUGCCGCUCAAAUGCCAUCGAUGAUACAGACGCAGCAGCGACGAUAGACAUACGAUGGCAUUUCAAAACGUUAGAGGACUGCCAGUUAAAUUUACAAAAUCUAAUCAAAAUCGAAAUGGAAUUCGAUGAGGAUUACACAAUUUCGCCGAGCACAUUUACAUAUAAAAAGUUGAGAAGGAAGCGCAGAGCGUUAAGAAAACGCAGAAUGACCACAAAGCAUUGAGGAUACAGCGAAGUUAGAACCGGUUCCUGUACAUCCACUAACCACCAUAAAACGCUAGUAAAAUUUCGCUUAGAGCGUAUAACUAAAAUCGAAGAAGAUAAUGAACGAAAUAAGAUUAAAAUACUUAUUAAAUAGUUUAAUAUAAAAAGUUAGGCAUAAGAAAUAAAUAUACAUACAUACAUACAUACAUACCUACUUGAAUACAUGUAUAAGUAGGCUUAAAAUAAACUAGAGUGUAUCCAACUGAAAGUUUGUAAAAAGAAUUCAUAUAUUUAAGAUAACUAAGUAAAAAAAGAAUGUAUAAGAAAAAAAAUUAUUUUUUUGCAGCUUCAAUCUAUGUAUGCGCCAUGUAUAUGUGGUAUGUAUAAGCUUUCACGUGAAAUUUUUGUUAAUUAAUAAUUUUAUGCGUAAAGGUAACUUACCCUCAAUUCUUAAGUUCCGAACCAGAAAUUUUUUGUUAAUACGGUAGCCCAGAGGAGGCUUUGAUUGGCGCGCUGAUUUAGUAUCACAAGAAAUUCGAAAUUCCUAGCCCACUCAUGCAAAUAUAAAAAAUAUAUAUAUUUUUUUUUUAUUCGAAUGCUGAUGUACAUAAUUUUGUAGCCCAAAGAAAUAUCAAGUGACUCAGCUUUUGAAAUCGAUGACUUGCGGUAUGAAAUUUGCACCAAGUUUAUUCCUAAUGAAUAGUAUCUAGUUACUUUAAAUUUUAUUAAAAAUG